AUGAUUUCUCAGAUAUAUGUGGAUGAUAUAGUGUUUGAUGGGAUGUCAUAUAUGAUGGUUAAACACUUUGUCAAUCAGAUGCAGACUAAGUUUGAAAUGAGUAUGGUUGAAGAAUUGACAUAUUUUCUUGGGUUGCAAGUUAAACAAAUGGAAGACUCCAUCUUCCUCUCUCAAAGCAAAUAUGCCAAGAAUAUUGUCAACAAGUUUGGAAUGGAUAAUGCUAGUCACAAAAGAACACCUACACCUACUCAUUUAAAGUUAUCUAAAGAUGAAGGUGGCACUAGUGUUGACCAGAGUCUGUAUAGGGGCAUGAUUGGAAGUCUGUUAUAUCUAACAGCUAGCAGACCAGAUAUUGCCUUUACAAUUGGAGUAUGUGCUAGAUAUCAAGCAAAACCCAAAUUAAGUCACAUAAAUCAAGUCAAGAGGAUUCUAAAAUAUGUGAAUGGAACGUGUGACUAUGGCAUAUUGUACUCUCAUGGGUGUGAACCUAUCUUAUCAGGGUAUUGUGAUGUUGAUUGGGAUGGAAGUGCUGAUGAUAGAAAAAUCACAUCUGGAGGGUGUUUCUUCUUGGGAAACAAUCUCAUAUCAUGGUUCAAUAAGAAACAAAAUUGUGUCUCUUGA